AUGGAAAGUAUGGAGUUAGAAGACAUCAAAAUAGAAGAUUCUACGGUCGAAGAACCCAAACAGGUUGAACAAAAUGAAGAAUUAUCAAUUGACUACUCUAAUGAAUUCAUCAACCACGAUACAUUUGCAACAAGGGAUGAAUUGCUGAAAUGGGUGAGAGAAGUGGGUAGACGUCUCGGAAUGGUCUUUACAAUCAUGUCAUCAAAUUCUGGACUCAAUCGACGUAGAACACCUUAUAUGGUGCUUGUGUGUGAGCGUGCGGACACCAAAUUGGGCAUGGAUGAUGACAAUGUUGGAUGGAAGCUCGAAGUUGUUUUUGGCAUUCAUAAUCACCCAUGUUUUCCAAAUUUGGAGGGCCACGCAUAUGCGACAAGAUUAACAAGCGAAGAGAUGAAAAUUGUAGAAGAAAUGUCAAAUGCGUUGGUGCAACCAAAGGCAAUACUUACUACAUUGAAGAAGAGGGAUGAGACAAAUGUAGCUGAAAUAAAGACAAUUUACAAUGCUCGUCAUAGGCUUCAGGCGAUAGAGAAAGCCAGUAGAUCUCAAAUUCAACUUUUGAUGACGAAAUUGUCCGAACAUAAUUACCUUGAGGAUCAUAGAUCGAACGAAGAUGGUGAAGUCACUGAUUUGUUUUGGAGCAACCCUACUUGCUUGGCCUUAGGGCGUAGCUUUCCCUACGUGUUACUUAUGGAUUGCACGUACAAAACUAACCGAUACCCAUUACUGGAGAUGGUGGGCGUUACUUCUACGAACAAAACAUUCUCCAUUUCCUUUGCAUACUUGCAAUGUGAGAAGGCAGACAACUACGAAUGGACAUUGAGGACCUUGGUGCAGAAGAUGGGAGGGAGUCAUAGUCCUAAUUAA